AUGGCCGGGAAGGGCGUCGGCGGCGCGGCGCCGGUGCCGGUGCUCGGUUCUGGGAUACUCGGGGUUUUCUGGAUUGCUCGUCUGCCCGCACCCGUUCGUCCCAAUCUCUUGGCUUGA